AUGUCCUCUUCUUCCACAACCACCACCAGUAACGAAGUUAUCAUUCCAGAACAAGAUAAAGUCGCAAAUCCAAAAUCAUUUGUAUUCUUUCAUGUCAUUAGCUGCUCUGUUCAAGUGGGAGGCUUAUUGGGCGCCAUCUACACUCCCUUUCAUUACUACUUUAAAAGAAGGAAAGAUCCCUCACUUUCCUUUUCCUACUUUCUGAACACAAGAAUCCCACAAUACAUUUGGAGAGGGACCACUGCUGGAUUCUUGAUUGGUACUCUCAUGUAUUAUGGCAAGGCUCGUAAUUUCACUCAGAAUAAUUUCGAUGAUCGAGCUUUCCGAAUCAAGCACAAUGUUCAUUGUAACCUGUGGCAGCAAGCAUGGCUCGGAAGUGUCGUGUUAGGUGGAGUGACUGGUUUGGUUUUAAAGAAGCCAGAAAUGGGAAUUGCAUUGGGACAUGCCUUUGGAACGGUUUUGUUUGCAGGAUUGAAUGCAGCUGGAGUCAAACCUUUGCAAGUCAGAGAUUAA